AUUCGCGCAUUUUGGACUACUGGACCACCAUUCACUCAUCUAUUGGUUUUGAGAAGAUGACGGCCACCUGGGCUUGCAUUCAGCAGUGCUAGGGCAGUGGCCUGCACGCUGGCCGAGUUCCCGGCCACUGGGGCUGACGCCGGUCACCGCUUCCUUAGCUCGUAGCUGCUUGCUCUCAGCUGCUUGCUCUCGAUUGCUUGCUCCUAGCAACCAACAAACCACCAUAAGAUGGAGUAGUGAGUGGCACCAUACUGCCAGAUGCGAACGCCACUGUCCCUUGCAGCAGCACGAGAAGAAAACGAAGAUCGGGAUCUGGUCUUGGCCACACACUCUGCUCUGACCCUCGCCAAAGGCUCUUCCAUUUAUUAUUGUCUUCUUCCCCUCCCCCCUCCGAGUCCCAACACAUCGUUGCUGCGGUGGUCUGGGCAUUGAUUCUCUUGCCCACUGGUUCGCCUUUUUCAGGGUCUCUUCUUCGGGCCCUCACCAAACCAUCAUGGCCGGCCUCUCGCUCCGCACCGUGAUAGGGUGGCGGUCGCAUGCGGUAGUGAUUGGGGCGGCCGUGGCCAUGGGGCAGUUCUCGGACCUGUUCCUGUUCGGCAUGCGCGUACCGUUGCUGCCGUUCCUGAUGCGCGACCACCUCAACGUGCCCGAAGCCGAGGUACAGGACCGCGUCGCGGUGCUUCUGGCCUCGUUCAGCAUCUCGUCCUUUCUAUGCGCCGUGCCCGCGGGCCUCAUCGCCGACAUCCCCAACCUUCGCAGCCCCCUCUAUCUCGCCGGCUUGCUUGCCAUGACUGCCGGGACUAUCGUCUUCUACACCAGCCAUGAAUACGCCGUCCUCAUUAUCACCGGCGCUCUCAACGGUUUCAGCAUCGCUGUUCUCUAUGCCGCUGGGUGGCCCAUGAUAGUCGACGCGGUUGCACCACAGAAUAUCGGAAAGGCUAUGGGAACUAUCCGAUCCUUGGUCUCCGUUGGACAACUAUGCGGCCCCCCAGUCGGUGGACUAAUUUUCUCGCGCUGGGGGUUUCAGGGCAUCCUCAACGUCAGCCUGGGUGUGUUGGCUAUCGACUUUAUUCUGCGGCUGUUUAUGGUCGACACACCACGCCCACCGGGAGCUAUGCCGGCGGUGAUGCCCGAGAGUGGGAGUACAAACAAGACCGCUGGGGGUAUCGAAGAGGGUACCGUGGCAUCCAAAGAUAUCGGCGAUGCCAAUGGCAAUGGACACGAACCCACCGAGACGGAUCGACUUCUCCCGGAAUCCUCCUCCCCUUCUCGGCCUUCCUCCUCAGCGGUAGCAGAGCAGCAACCAACUAGCGAUGGAGACAACGCUACGUUGACAGGGGAGCCGGGCAUAGGCACCGAGGGCGAGACGAAGAAAAAGCCUUUCAUUCUGCCCAUUCUUUUCUGCCUCUCCGAUCCGCAACUGCUGGUAGCAAUCUGGCUCAGCCUUGUGCAGUUCAUUAUAUUCGGGGCAUAUGACGCGACGCUCACCAUCCAGGCUGUGACCGAGUUCAAUCUCACGGCUGAGCAAGUGGGUGCCGUGUACCUCGCACUAUCCCUGCCGUCUCUGGUGCUGGGCCCGAUGGCCGGGUGGGCCGUGGACCGCUUCGGCCCGCGGCGGGUUGCCAUAACCGGGUAUGCCGUCUACGGGCCCGCGCUGGCCCUCAUGGUGCUACCGUCGAGCGGCCUCUUGUCCGGCGUGGCCGCCUUUUCCGUUUUCUGCGUCUCCCUCCUCGUCCAGGGCUGCUGCGUCCCUCUUGCUCAGACGCCGUCAAUGAUCAAGUCUAUGCAGCGCGUCAACAGCGCCGUCCGCCACAACCCCGCCCGCUUUGGUAGCCGCAGCGCCUUUGGCCAGACGUUCGGCCUCAACACGCUCAUCGCAAGCCUGGGUCUUAUGAUCGGCAAUUACACGGGCGCCGCCUUGCGGGAGGCUGCCGGCUACUGGGUCAUGAAUUCGGUAUUGGCCGUCAUGUGCGCCUCGGGGUCGCUGCUUGCCUGGACCGUUUUUGACAGUGGGGAGAGUUAGAACUAGUUACAGGGGGGAUAGCCAGCCAAGGGGGAGGAGCGGGUGGAGGAAAGAGCGUACUCCGUCAUCGCCGUGGAGCUACUUGGUCUUGUGUUAGCUGGUGUGCCGUUUGCCUCUACAGCAACCGGUGGAAGGCUGAGACUCGUGGUAAAAUUCGCCGAGUCUGGGAGUAGUGUUUUUGGGAACCAGAACUGUGUUUGGCCGCACGGCAAGUUUCUCAUUAACACUUGCUCGCAUUGUAAUAAUAAUAACAUCCUGC